GUAUAAAUAAACCGAAAUUCCUCGUCCGAGAUCCCUCUUUUUCUCAUUCGUUAUCUUCCCCUCCAAUUUUCCGGUAAUUAGGGUUCUCCGCUUUGGUUAGAGAACGAAAUGCCUGUAAAUCUGACGGCUAAUGCUAUACCGGCGAUUUCCGCCGGAGACGUAAACUCCAAGCCGCUGGUGCAGGUGUUGGACAUCAAACUCAUAGGCUCUACGCAGGAGCGCUAUCGCCUCCUCCUCUCGGACUCGGUGGUGAGUCAGCACGCCAUGCUCGCCACUCAGCUCAAUUCACGAGUUAAGUCUGGUCAGGUGCGCAAGGGCUCCGUCAUCCAACUAAUCGAUUAUGUCUGCAGCAUCGUUCAAAACCGCAAGAUUAUUGUGGUGCUGAACAUGGAAACAAUCAUUCCAGAUUGUGAUAUUAUUGGAAACCCAAAAUUGAAUGAGUCUAAUUCCAUUCCUCCAAAGCCUGCCCCUGAUGCUACUUCCGGACGCCCACCAUUGAUGAACAAUCGCAGUGUUGGUACUCAAAAUUCUACGAUCACAAGUAUUAGCCAUAAUUCGAGCUUACAAAGUCAAGGAAACAGCACACAGUUUUGUCCCACUGUUCAGCCCCCUUACAAACCACCUCCAAAUUAUAAAAAUCAUGGAGCAAUCAUGAGGAAUGAAGCCCCAGCUCGCAUCAUCCCCAUUGCUGCUUUGAAUCCUUAUCAAGGUCGAUGGGCAAUUAAGGCACGGGUGACAGCCAAAGGUGAUAUUCGACGUUACAACAAUGCAAGAGGUGAUGGGAAAGUAUUCUCCUUUGAUCUUCUUGACUCUGAUGGAGGGGAAAUCCGGGUAACAUGCUUCAAUUCAGUGGUUGAUCGUUUUUAUGAUGCUGUCGAUGUUGGAAAGGUCUAUGUAAUAUCAAAAGGUAGCUUGAAACCUGCCCAGAAGAAUUUUAACCAUCUGAAAAAUGAGUGGGAAAUAUUUUUGGAGACAUCAUCAUCGGUGGAUCUUUGUCCAGAUGAAGAUGCUUCAAUACCUAGGCAACAAUUUUCAUUUAGAACCAUUAGCAAUAUUCAGAACAUUGAAAACAAUUCUAUACUAGAUGUAAUUGGUGUUGUGGUAACUGUGAACCCAUCAGUUCCUAUAUUGAGAAAGAAUGGAAUGGAAACCCAAAGGAGAAUUCUGAACUUGAAAGAUCAAUCUGGAUUAAGUGUUGAGUUGACACUAUGGGGAGAUUUUUGUAACAGAGAAGGACAACAAUUGCAAGAAAUGGUAGGAGCUGGAAUUUCUCCAAUUUUAGCAAUCAAAGCUGGUAAAGUCAAUGACUUCAGUGGGAAGUCCAUAAGCACCAUCUCUGCUACUCAGUUGUUCAUAAAUCCAGAUUGUCAAGAAGCUAAUGCCUUGAAGGACUGGUAUGCUGGAGGUGGAAGAGAUAGUGUUUCUCAUUCGAUAUCCAGAGAUAAUAUAACAGGGGGAUCGAAGAAUGAGACUCGCAAGACUUUGACACAAAUAAAAGAUGAAGGACUAGGAAGGUCGGACAAGCCAGACUGGAUUACAGUUAAGGCUACUAUAUCUUUCAUCAAAACGGACUCUUUCUGUUACACAGCUUGCCCUUUGAUGAUCGGUGACAGGCAGUGUAGCAAGAAAGUAACAAAGUCUGGUAACUCUAGAUGGCUAUGUGAUCGGUGCAAUCAAGAGUUUGAAGAGUGUGACUACAGAUACCUUCUUCAACUCCAGGUUCAGGAUCAUACUGGUGUGACAUGGGUGACUGCUUUUCAGGAAAGUGGUGAAGAGAUUUUAGGUUGCCCGGCCAAGGACUUGUACGCAAUGAAAUAUGAAUCAGAAGAUGAAACCAGAUUUGUUGAAACUAUUCGAAAUUGUCUCUUUUCAGAGUUUCUACUUAGACUCAAAAUCAAGGAGGAGAUUUAUGGUGAUGAGCAGAGGGUGAAGAUAACAGUCGUAAAGGCUGAAAAGGUGAACUAUGCCGAAGAAAGUAGCUUUCUCUUUGGUAUGAUAUCAAAGCUCCAUCUGCAUUGAAGAAGAUACUUAGUCUAGUGUUGUUCUUAUCUUUAUACCAACCAUUAACAAUCUGUUAAAUUUGUUCACUGAGAUUCUCAAAUCUGCUUACAGCAAGGCAGAUGUAAUUGACUCUACAUGAGGAUUAUAUUUGAUUGAUUUCAUAAAUAAGAAAGUCAUUCUUCCACUGCACAACAUUGAGUCACGACAAAAAUGUCUCCAAGCCCUUGCUGUGUUGCCUCUUUUGUUUAUAUAGUGCAGGAAAUGUGCAUGGAAUGGAUCCGUCAAAAGCAGACAGGGUUUGGGUAGCAUCUAAUAACUCAGCAUAGAUGUCCGUAACUCAACGGUAAACUUUUGUCUAUGUCAGCCUCCAUUAAGAACACAUUGACAUGAAUUGUUGGAUAGUUGAUUACAUGAUCAAACUUAUGAUCAUUUGCUUUCUAACAAGAUCUUUUAUGCCCAAAAGAGUAAAAUUUGCUACAGACUAGGUA